AUGGCGCUUCCCAAGGGCAUGCGCUACUUGGCUGGCGCCACUUUCUGCAUCUUCAUCUAUCUGUUCGUGCAGAUCCUCAAGGCGCCAGGUUCCGAGACACCCGUCGAGAUUCCGAGCAAGCUUCCGACCAACAAAGUCGGCGAUUGGGACCACGACCCUCAGUUAGAUCCCUCGGGCGAACCUCCUGAGCCGCUGCGACGAGUCAACGGCAACAACUACGCCCCGAACAAUCCCACAAGCGCGCGCAUCAACGCCACAAUCCUUAGCCUGGUGCGCAAUGAAGAGCUCCAAGACAUGCUACAGAGCAUGCGCGAUCUCGAGCGCACAUGGAACCACAAGUUCAAUUACCCCUGGACCUUCUUCAACGAUAAGCCCUUUACUGAAGAGUUCAAAAAGGCCACGCGAGCAGCCACCAAUGCUGAAGUGCGAUACGAGCUAGUCCCUGCCGAACACUGGGACGUACCCUCGUGGAUCAACAUGGACUUGUAUGAGGAGUCUGUUUCUCUGCUCAAGUCGCUGGACGUGCAAUACAUGGACAAAAAGUCGUACCACCAAAUGUGUCGGUGGAACAGCGGAAUGUUCAGCGAGCAUCCUGCGCUGAAGGACAUCCAAUACUACUGGCGCGUGGAGCCCAACGUUCACUUCUUCUGCGAUGUCGACUACGAUGUCUUUGCAUGGAUGCAGGACCACAACAAAACAUAUGGCUUCAACAUCAACAUCUACGACAGCCCUGACAGCGUCGCGACAUUAUGGCCUGAGACAAAGAAGUUCAUCGAGGAUAAUCCAGGUUACGUCCAUCCGAACAAUGCGCGAGAGUGGUUGGAAGACGACAAGCGACGGCCUGAGAACAACCAGAAAGCCCACGGUUACUCAACCUGCCACUUCUGGUCCAACUUCGAAAUCGGCGACCUGAGCUUUUGGAGGAGCAAAAAGUACCGCGAUUACUUCGACCAUCUUGAUCGUGCUGGAGGCUUCUUUUACGAACGCUGGGGCGAUGCGCCGGUACACAGUGUCGCAUUAGGAUUGUUCGAAGAUAAGAGCAAGAUACAUUGGUUCCGAGACAUCGGAUAUCAGCACAUACCAUUCUUCAACUGCCCGAACAGUCCAAAGUGUUCUGGCUGUGUUACUGGUCGGUUCACAGACGGUGAGAAGUGGUUGAAUCGGGAAGACUGUCGACCGCUGUGGUUCAAAUACGUUGGCAUGGACUGA